UAAUGAUUAUUGAUGGUUGCCUGAGAGCUGGCCGCCACGGUCACGUGUGAACAUACGGUGUCCGCGGGGUUAUAGGGGGGUUAACUCCAACUCCUAUUAUAAAGGCCAUCUGACACGCCUGGCUUACAUUAUAUCAACUCAUUUGAUACACACCACUUUAAUCUUUCCAUGCAUAUAUAUGUUGGCAUGUUAUUAUGGCUCGCGUCAAGCAACUUAAAAAUCCCCACCGCCCACACCACAGGCGAACAAGCUGGACGCGAUUCCACCUGCCGCUUGGCCGGGAUUGGCCCGCGUGGUCGAACAACCACCAGGAUGAGCGCCGCGGUCCCCUGGUAGGCGUGGAAGGAUGUGAGAAGGUCUGGAUGGGGAGGAAGGUGGAUGAUCCUGAGGAAGCUGCUUUGAUCAUUCUUUGGCAUACAGAGGACGCCUUAAAAAGCUUCCAAGCCACCCCCGCCUGCGCCGAGUUUCUACGUGGCCUACCCGAGACCGCCGACGUGCUACCCUCCUCCUCCGUCACGUCUGCCGGCGCAUCACUCCAGGAUCUAUCUCUAGACAGCGCCUCAGUAACCUCAGCACCACCACCACCACCACCACCAUCGUCAUCAUCAUCGUCCAGGUUCCUCAUCUUCCAAUGGCACUCCCCCUAUCGAUUCGAGGAGAACCUCAAGGGCCGCAUCACGCUCACCGCGCUCGAGCUGCCGUGCACCACCGGCACCGGCACGGGAACCGGGGACGCCGCCGUUCCCGAAGAGUGGCGCAAAGCCGUGCACGACGCGGUCGACGGGUUCAUGCCCAGGGGCUGCGAGGACAUCCGCAGCGCCUGGAACGCGCGCAUGCAGUUUUGGACUGCGUGGGCGUGGGCCGACGACGAUCUAACGCACCUGCGACGGCGGGCGGCGAUGACGAAGGGGGCUGUGGAAGAGGGGGGCGAGGAGCAGGGGAAGGCAAACACGAGCGCCCGCCGCGCAUUCAUGUGCCAGUUCCGCCGCUGGAACGGCUACAGCAACGCGACGCCCGAGCGGGAAUCCGCUGCGGCCGCUAGCGAGCUGGCGCGGGAGUCGUGGGCCCGGAGGGUGGCGACGGUGAUGCCGCCCGUCACGGACUGGGAGCAGGAGCGUUGGGAUAUUCAGGUGGUGCCGCGGUAUGAGCCACCUCUGCCUGAGAGAUGUGGGGAUCCUGAGGAGGAGGAUCCAGAGUAUGAGAGGAAGAUGAGGGAGUUCUUUGACGAGGAUUCAGGAGAGGAGGAGGAUAAGUAGGGGAGCGAUUUAGGUAUGGAUCUUGGGUAUAGUGUCUACUGUAUCGAUGGUGCUUGGAGUAAUACCACUACUUGAUGUCUUUUAGGUAGAGGUAGGUAGGCAUUUAUCAUCCUGGGGGUUUUCCCUUGAUUCAUGAUUUUUCAGGGGCUUGAUGAUUUCCAAGUUCACAUGAUUUGGUGAGCAGCAUGGUAUAUACACGAUCCAAAGCACACAUAUCAUAACUU